GCCCCGCUGGUGCAGCUAGUAAGCCGAAUCCAGAAUAUGCUUUUACCUUUUGAUUUGUUCUCCAGCUACAAACCUCGGGCAUGAUGGCACGGGGGCGGAAUUUUCGGCGACGGCUGAUCGCUGCAUUGGCGUUAAUGAUUCUCUUCACUUGCUAUCUACACUGGCAGACAAAGAACACGUCAAUUGUAGUGACUCAGCAUCCGCUGCUUUCAAAAUAUGUCUCUGGGCAGAGGGGAAAUGGUGGAGCCUGGUAUAUUCCCCCUAGCUGGUUAGAGGAUUCUAACGCUCCCAUUGAAAACAUUAUCGACGCUGCCACUUUGGCUCUGGGUGCAUCGCUAUCCCUGUCAGAGCGGCAGAUUCCACACUCUGUUAUACCUCUGAUUAUUCAUCAAACAUGGAAGGACACACACCCUGAGCAAUGGCCAGACAUAUUCCGCCAAAGCACUGAAGCAUGGCUAUCAGGCGUUGAUAGUGGCAAUAUGGCGUACUUUCUGUGGGAUGAUAACGGGAUCGCCCAGUUCAUCCGGCACUUUGAGCCGGACAUAGAGAGCCAGUUCUAUGCACUGCCGAGUAAUGUGGAGCGAUCAGACGUGUUUCGCAUCCUGGUAUCCAAACGGAUCGGUGGCAUUUACGGUGAUAUGGACACCGAACCCACUCGACCCCCGUCGCAGUGGAUUGCCCCUGAGGAUUUACAGGCUUGGCAGGAUUCGGAGACGGGCACUGUCUAUAACUCAACCGAGCCAAUCAAAGCUAUUGUUGGUCUGGAGGCAGAUUGCCCACCUACCAGCGACCUAUACUGGCGUAUGGGUUAUUUCUACCCCGUCCAACUCACUCAGUGGUCAUUUGCCUGGGCUCCCGGGCACCCCAUUCUUCAGUUGUUUAUCAACCGUCUACUUGCAACAACUCAGGCGGUCUCUGAGAAAUAUGGAGGGCAGCUGGGAUCAUACUCAGCGCAAAAGCUCUCUAUGCCAUCGACCCAUUAA